AUGUCAGGGAAGGCCGUCGAAGAGGAUGCUGCCUCAGAGAAGUAUCAUAACGGACCUGCUGCCUCGGAUACAGGUCUGACUCGCCGCCUGCGCCGUGGUAGAGAGUUAGAACCAUACCAGACCAUCAUCGACUCCCUCUCUCGUAUCCGCCAGUAUAUUCUGCCGAUAUCACAGCUGUUCCCGCGUAACAACACCGUUGCAGAUCUCUGCGGCCAAGCUGAUGAAGUAGUUCUGCUUGUUCGAUGCGUGGCGCGAACAGUCUUGGAGAUGUGCCUUGACACAUUCAAGCCCCUUCAACAUCCACUCCCAGUUUCCGAGAAGUCCGAGGUCAAGAUCGCUAACACUUCGCACUGUCUCCUACAGAUACUGAAGCCUUCCCGACAUAUAUCACGCGUGGGUAAGACGCUGGCCCCCCUGCAACUGGCCCUCGUUGUCUCAACGUCUCCACGACCACUUCCGUCGCUGUCGAUUCGAAAUGAUGCAAUUUCUACACCUCCUCUUUGCGUGGGUGAUAUCACAAUUAGACCUGUUACCGUGCUGAUUUUUUGA